ACAACAGAUUCUUUUUUCGUUUUGUGUUGCUGCUAUCCUAUUUUAUAUCCUUGAUGACACCUUUCACUCGUUCCAAUUGAAGCGCCGCAGCUUGGGGUUGGUUCUAUGCGCCUGAUACCCCCCUGGUAGACUCGAUUCGUUCCGAAGGAUGGCUGUUCUCCCAUGCAACUGGGCAAUAUGGCUUGCCAAUUUACUUAUUCCAGUAGCCAUUCUGGUCUUUUCAUCGGGGUUCUUUCCGUACAAACCAUUGCUUCCAGGGUUAGCGACGUUUGAGGAGGCCAAUGGCGGUAGUAGGCCACCCGCAAUAUUUAAUAAAGUCAUCUUCAUGGUGGUGGAUGCAUUGCGCAGCGAUUUUGCCUUCUCUAGUAAUUCGGGAUUUGCCUUUGCCCAAAGCUUGAUUCGAUCUGGUGCCGCGCUCCCGUUUACCGCUCAUGCGAGCUCUCCAACGGUCACAAUGCCUCGAUUGAAAGCUAUAACGACAGGAUCGGUUCCGUCGUUCCUAGACGUAAUCCUGAACAUCGCCGAGUCCGAUACAUCCUCUACUCUCGCCUACCAAGACACGUGGCUCGCUCAGCUAAAAGCACGAGAUGAUAGACUCGUUAUGUAUGGCGAUGAUACCUGGCUCAAGCUCUUUCCUGGGAUGUUUGAUAGGGCCGAUGGGACCACAAGUUUCUUUGUGUCGGAUUUCACUGAAGUUGACAACAAUGUGACACGCAAUAUUCCCGAAGAGCUUCAACAUAGUGACUGGUCCGCGCUCAUUAUGCAUUACCUAGGACUGGAUCAUAUUGGACAUAAGGCAGGUCCGAAAAGUCCAUACAUGAUGUCAAAGCAACAGGAGAUGGAUUCCAUCGUCUCCCAGGUAUAUUCGGCCAUGGAGCAGGAAGAGCAUCUCCAGUCAACGCUUUUCGUUCUGUGCGGGGAUCACGGCAUGAAUGACGCUGGUAACCAUGGUGGUUCAUCCGCUGGUGAAACUUCAGCAGCCUUGCUUUUCGUGUCUCCAAAAUUCAAAGCUAGGGGGAUUCAGAAAGAGAGCCCCGUGGAAGCGACUAACGAACUGCAAUACUAUCGUACCGUCGAGCAGACGGACAUUACACCGACUUUGGCUGGACUCCUUGGGUUGCCUAUUCCAUUGAAUAGCUUGGGGGUUUUUAUCCCGGAACUACUGGUAAUGUGGGAUCAUGGCUCCGAAAGAGUCCAUAUUCUGAUGGAAAAUGCGAAGCAAUUACUGAGGACAAUAAAGGCGGCUUUUCCAAGUUACACUUUCGAGCCUAGUGCAAUACGGUGUACUUGCGAAUCCGGACUUUCUACGGAUAUGGAAGAAGCGCAAUGCGCUUGGUCCCAAAUCUACGAACUGCUACAAGAACCCCAUACGGACGACGCGCCCGCUUCUAUUCAGGCAGCUCUUUUGCGCUUUUUGAGGAUCUCCCAAAAUGUGAUGAGCAGCACCGCCGGAAAUUACGAUGUCCAAAGGCUCUAUCUAGGGAUUUCUGUCGCAGGCGUUGCUGUUCUGCUUUCUUUCCCUGCGACAUACAGAUUGCUAGCGAGAUCCCAUCAUCCAGGAUCAUUUCUAUUGUUCAGCAUCCUCGGUUAUGGCGCUAUGAUGUUUGCUAGUAGCUAUGUGGAGGAAGAGCAACAGUUUUGGUACUGGAUCUUCACUGGAUGGAUAUUUUACCUACACAUCAAGUCCAACGGACAUCAGGGUAAACACGUCACCUCUGAUCAUAAGCUCAGAGGCCGCCGAUUGCUACCUUUAUUUUCUGCAGCAGGAACAAUCGGGCUCGGAAUCACCUAUCGAAUUCUAAGACGAUGGAAUCAAACGGGACAGAAGUUUGCCGCUGAGCCGGACAUUGCCCGGACUUUUUUCUCUUCCCACCAGGACACCCUCUGGUUCCUGGUUAUUCUAACAUACGCCAACACCUGCAAGAAUCUACUUGUCAGCUCGCCUUCCUCAUUGGUAUGGCGCCUGGUUAGCCUUUUUGCGACGUUGGCUGCAUUUAUAUUCAAACUUACGUUUGUGGCAUCCGACUCUCCUGAACUCCUCAGUGAAUCUUUCCUGGGCCCCUUGGCAAAGACAGUUGGCCAUGUAUCGCUGGUGCUACAGGCGAGGAUUGUUUUCUGUGGAGCUGCCUUGAUGGUGCUAUAUGCGAUGGUCACUAGGAGUGGCACAUUACGAGUUUCCGAUAAACAUAAAGGCAAAUUAUCAGCGUCAAAUGCCAUGUUCCAUGAGGCACUCACGCUUUUCUUGAUCACGCAAUCGAGAGCGACAAACGUUCCGCUCUUCUUAAUAUUCAGAAUACAAUUCUACAUCCUCGCUUCGAUGGAGAUUGCUGGAAUCGAAGCCAGCAUUACGUCCAUACUUUCGCAGUACAUGACCUUCUUUGCGUUCGGUGGCUCGAAUGCCAUUUCCUCGGUCGACCUUUCCAGCGCAUAUAACGGGAUUGACAGUUAUAGUGUCAUACUCGUGGGACUAUUGACGUUCGUGGGUAACUGGGCAGGCCCGAUAUGGUGGGUUUCAGCGACUCGUCUUCUCCGUACGAGCCGAACUUGGUCAGAAAAACAGGGCCAUGUCUCGCUUUUGACAUUUCAUGCCACAACAGCGUUACUGUCUGUGAUGGCUGCAUGCGCAGCGUUGAGGACUCAUCUCUUCAUCUGGACAGUAUUCUCACCAAAGUUUCUAUAUACGAUGGCGUGGGCUACACUCAAUCAUAUUGUUAUUAACGUAUUAGGGGAGAUAGAUCUCCUGGCGCGUUAA